UCUGUCUGUCCAUCCACACAGGUGCAAGUUCUUCAGUCUGACUGAGACCCCAGAGGAUUACACCAUCAUCGUCGAUGAGGAGGGCUUCCUGGAGCUGCCUUCCUCGGAGCACCUGAGCGUGGCAGAUGCCACCUGGCUGGCCCUCAAUGUCGUGUCCGGUGGUGGCAGCUUUUCCAGCUCCCAGCCCAUCGGGGUGACCAAGAUCGCCAAGUCGGUCAUCGCCCCGCUGGCCGACCAGAACAUCUCCGUGUUCAUGCUGUCCACCUACCAGACGGACUUCAUCCUGGUACGUGAGCGGGACCUGCCCUUUGUCACCCACACCCUGUCAUCAGAGUUCACUAUUCUGCGGGUCGUCAAUGGUGAGACGGUGGCCGCCGAGAACCUUGGCAUCACCAAUGGCUUUGUGAAGCCCAAGAUGGUCCAGAGGCCCGUCAUCCACCCACUGUCCAGCCCCAGCAACAGCUUCUGUGUCACCAGCCUGGACCCCGACACGCUGCCUGCUGUUGCCACACUCCUUAUGGACGUCAUGUUCUACUCCAACGGCGUGAAGGACCCCAUGGCUGCCAGUGACGACUGUGGCCACAUCCGCUUCUUCUCCUUCUCCCUCAUCGAGGGUUACAUCUCCCUGGUGAUGGACGUGCAGACCCAGCAGAGGUUUCCUAGUAACUUGCUGUUCACGAGCGCAUCCGGAGAGCUCUGGAAGAUGGUGCGGAUCGGAGGCCAGCCCCUGGGAUUCGAUGAGUGUGGCAUCGUGGCCCAGAUCUCCGAGCCCUUGGCCGCUGCGGACAUCCCCGCCUACUACAUCAGUACUUUCAAGUUCGACCACGCACUGGUACCAGAAGAAAACAUUAUCGGCGUCAUCAGCGCCCUGAAGGUCAGCCAAGCAGAGAAGCAUUAGAAGGGUCUCACUCCUCCGUCCGCCCUGCCCGAAGAUUCUUCUUGCAGUAUUUCUCAACAGACUGGAAAAUCGGCCCCAGGUCCCCCAAAGAAGGGGCCUCAGAGGCACCCCCAAUUGCUGACUUCGCCAGGCCUGGGGCCCAGGCCAGGGCCUCCCCAUGUCCUCCCUUCCCAGAGCCUCCAGAGAACCCCCCGUGCUCCCCCCACCCCCACUCCAGAAAAUGAUGUCUGAGGCCCAGGGAGCUGAUGAGCUGACCCGCCUCCUCACCCGGCCUCGCCCACAGCCAGGGGCAGACACUGACGUAAGCUGGCACCUCCUACAAGACACUGGGGUACCAAUUCGCAUGUUACCUUGGGGAGCAGGCUGAGCAGGACUGAGUUCAUGGAGCCUGGGGAGGCCCGAUGAGGGGGCAAGCUGGAUACUGUGGUUGCUGGUCUCUGGUUCCAUCAGCUCAGGGCUGGUUCCCGGAGUGGAGGCCAGUGGACAGCCCUCACGACACAUGCUGGUGAGGCUCCGGCAGAGCUGGGGGGCGGGGGGGGCCCCCCCGAGCUGGGGAAGACCCGCGCCACCCAGAACCUCACCUGCCAAUCACAGGGCUUGUGCCCCGACUCCCAGCAAGACUGCCAAGGGGACCCUGUCCAGACCCUCCCCACCACAAGCACUCACUCCUGGGAGGUGGUGCCUGGCAGACACACCAGCCUAGGGCGUGAGCUCCUGGACCCUCCGCUUUCCCUGGACCCUACUCAGGAGGCGGAGCCUCGGCUUCCCAGCAUUCUGGGCCUGGGGUUUCUUAGGUCACCCCCUCCUCCCCAACAGUUGACUAGACCAGCACAGGCUCCCUUGUCGUCCUGUCUCCCUUGCCUCGCUUUGGGGGACAUAGAAGGCCUCUGCCUAACUCACCUGCCUGCCCGCCCCUCGGUUCUGGGACUGGCACUCAUGAGUACUUGAUCUGGGAGGCAGCUUAACUGAGCCUUAAUAGAGAAAACCGUACUUUGUUUUAGUUUCGUAUUUAAUGUAUUUGUGCCCAGGCUGAGGUUGGCAGCCUUUUCUAGAGACAGGGCCUGCUGAGUUGCCUGGGGACCAGAGGCCCAGCGUCACUUAGCUGGUGCCCCGUGGCUCCAGGGACAGGCGUGAGCACUGGGCCCUGGCCCUCCCUGGAGCAGGACCCUGGGAGCAGAGGUCUGUUACUAGACGGGCCCCCAGGCGCCCCGCCGGGCUGCCCCGCUGGGCCCAGUGACAGGUACCCAGGCAGCUGUGGUCGUGAGUGUCGGGACCCGAGGGCCACAGGGAGGUGACAGCCAGGCAGCAGGCAGCUGAGGCAGGUCUGUCCCCUGGAGGCUUCCCAGGCUGAACGGGGUGAGCCCCGGCCUCCUCUCUCCUGGGGGUGCUUUCUGCGUGCGAAGGGCCCACCGUGGCCCCUGCCCUGCUGGUGCUCCUCCUCGGGCAUCAGCUGACUCGCGCUGUCCCUGAGGAGCUCGGAGGAGGGGGGCCAGUCUCUUGGUCUGGUGGGGGGCUGCGUGAGCCCCACCCCUUUCUCUGAGCUCUGUGGGACCCUUCGUGCCCUGGAGGCCCCAGUGCAGUAGCUGUGCAGCUGGAUCCUGGCAGAUCUCGGGGGCUCAUGCACUGAGUAGGAACCCACCUUUUUUCCUUAAGUUAAUUCAUUUUGCACAAAACUCCAUAACAACCAAAACGUGUAAAUUGCUUGCUGGUUCCAAAAUGGGGGUGGCCAAGUGGCUAGGGCGGCACUUGAAGCCCCGAGUCCCCUCUCUGUCGUUGGAAGGCCUUGGUUUUCUGAGGCGCACCUCUCCCGGCCCCUUCCUGUCUGUCCCCCUAAUCACGUCGCUUGACCUUUCCUCCUUCCCGAGCAAGUGUGUAGGCCCCGUGACCCCAGAAAUGCGUGCUCCCCAGGCCCCUAGGGCGUAUCUAUUGUACACACGUAUAAAUACCUGUGUUUUAUGUUGAUAUAGAUAUAUACUGUAAAUAGCAUAUAUACUUGAGCAAUAUAUAUGUUAAUAUAUACUGUGGGCACGCACAUGUGUGUGUGUGCGGUACGUGGACGCAGACCCCACUGUGUAUGUGCGUGUGUGUAUGUGUGUAUGUGUGUGUGCGUGAGGGCCUCCGUCUGCCGUGUCUGCCGUGCACACAGGCACGUUUGAGCCACCGUGUAUUUUUAAUUCAAGUAUAUAGGCAAUACGACUUUGCAAGAAGCCGGCUGCUGCCUCAGCCCUGACUUGACAGAAAAACAAAACCAGCAGCCCAGGGGCUGAGCCCCAGAGGGGGCAUCGAGGGUUUCUCCCCCUUCUUUCUUGAAAGCUGGGUUCAACCCCUUCCUGAACUCCCAUCUCCAUGGCCAAGACCCUUGACAUCCUUGUAUUUCAAGAUGGUAGAGCCCAGAGAGGAGGCGUGGAACAGAACAGGCCCCUUCUCAGCUCUCCCCGCCUGCUGGGUGGUCACCCCGAGUCUCCGCCCAGGCCUGACCCCCUCGCAUGGCUCCGUUCAUGCUGACGGCUCACCUGGUUGAUUCCACCUGCAGCUUAGAAGCCUCGGGUUCUUUCCCAGGUCUCCUCUGGGGCUGGCCCUGUGUGUGCCCUGGAUGUGUGUCCAGGGAGGGGAUGGGGCGCCUUCCACCCGGAAACCCGCCCUUUAUUUCCCAGUCCCGAUCCUGCUGUGUGAAGAGGCCACGGAGGCCGGGCAGGCGAGUCCUCGGGUCUGUGCGUGCCUGUGAUGAGCAGGGUCUGUGGUCUGGUGUCCACAGCAUUGGGAUGUGGGAGUGAGCAUUUUUUCCCCAGUGGCCAGCUGCUCACCCCCUCCCAGGCUCUCCUGUGAGGGAGCAUGUGCCCAGACCUGCCAUAGAGGUGACCCCAAGGGUUUCUUGGCUCUGGCUGGUGGGCAUGCAACAGGGGAGGGAAGCUGGGUUCGGGGGGAGUAGGCAGGCCCUGUGUCUUUGCUGCGGUGCCACUCCCUGGAAAGAAAAGCUCAAACUGUCUAAAUGCCACCCUCGCCCCUUGCCCACCCCACCCCCACCAUACACUACAGUGAGGAGAGGGCGGGAGGGGCACAUGACCACCCCUUCUCCCUCGUCCACAGUUGUGAAAGCCUGCCUCUGCUCCAUCCUCAGCCCGGCUCCCCUGGUUCCUGGGAAACUCCUGCCCCCCAGCCCCCAGUCCUGACCCAGCAAAGUCGGGCAGUGCCAGCUCUGCACCUUCUUCCUCCCCGGGCAUCUCCAGAGCCCUGCAAGAGGUGCCACCCAGGCCACUGCCCUCAGCUCAGGGUCCACACCCAAGCUGGAGAGGCAUACAGACCUCCCCUCCCCAACAUUCAAGGGGUCGAGAGCCCCCAGCACCAGCAUUCUCCCCCUCCCACUCCCUCCAGGCCCCAGGCUCCCCCAGCAGGCAGCACGGCCUCGGGGACCAGUGUAGUCUGAUGGGGCUUCACCCUCUGAGAUGACAGAAUGCCAUGGAAGUCAGAGCUGGGAGGGGCCAGGCCCGUGUCAAGCCAAGGAUACCAUUUGCCUGAUAAUCGAUAAUAAGCCUGCCCACCCACCACCGGUCUCUCCUGGUCACAUUUCCCCGCGGCCACCUGGGCCACCUUUCUGAGCCUCCGGGUCCGGAUGUGGGACGAGGGCCCUUCACAGCCCCCGCUAAGAGAGGGGACAUUGGGGCUCUAUCUCCCUGUUGACAGCAGAGCACGCCAGCCCUGAGAAGUUGUUGAGGCCACUUCCUGAGUGAACACUGGGUGGGGGGUGGGAAGAAAACACCCCCAGUGUAUCUGCUGCUGUAAGUCAGGGCUGGGGAGCGAUGGAGUUGGUGGUCAGGUUGAGGAGGAUGGGAAGACUGGCUGUUCAGGCAUCCCAGCUGCCGUGCUAAGGAAGGGGCUAGGCCUACAGCAAGCUCAGGCAGGAGCCCUCCGUUCAGAGGCCGCCUGGGAGGGGAGCCAACCCAGACGCCAACGGAAGGCCGGCUUGGGAGGAGUGGCCCAGGGUUGUCUCCAGGAGAGUUGAGCCCUGGUAUAGCUGGAUCUCAGAGCUUAUCCCAGGUUUGGUUAGUUUUGUUUUUUAUUUUCAACUUAGAGGCAGCCAAAGGACACCCUUACUUGUCUGUCAUACCGUUUGCCUAGAUUGUGGAGGGAAGAAGGGUGGGCUUUGGCCUUCAGCCUUCACAUUCGCACCCUCCUGUGAAGCCUGCUGAAUUGGGAAGGUGAAGACGGGGCUGUUGGCUAAGGUAGCUGCUUGUCCUUGGGGCUCAUGGCACCAGGGCUGGCCUGGCCCGUGGCGCCCGUGGGCAGCCUGGCGGUGAGGGAGUGUGUGGCUCUCGGUUCAAGGGGAUGGGAGGCUGUGAGAGUCAGGACACUGGUCUGUGCACGGCCACAUAUGUUUGCACUUACACAUGAUGUGUGUGUGUGCUGUGUCAGACACAUUAGUGUGUGUAAGAGCACAUGUGUGCAGAGUCCGAAUCUGAGCUAAGGGACUGCCUCACUCCGUGUUUUGCGGCCUUGGUAGCAUUCUCACCUGUGGCCACGUGUGGAGGGGGUGGAGGCAGACCUGGAAGGGCUGCCCAGGCCUCUUGGUUUUGUUAGCACUGCCCUGUGGUCGGAGCAGAGGUGUCCCCUGCAGGGACUCUGUCCGCACAGCCGGCCUGAAAGCCUGGGCCUGCCAAGCCGCCGCCUCAGAAGCAUCGAGUCCUGAGGUCUCCCAGGGAGAGCGGUGGGUGCCAGGCCCUCACCUGCUGGGCUCCUCCGGGAAGGGCAUCCAGCAACGCUGGAGACCAGGGCUCAGGGGAGCAGAAAGAUGAAAAACAGGCCAAAUUCAGAGACCAAGCUCAUUGCGUUUUCUGUCCAUUGCCUCGGUUUACCUAUUUAUAUUCAGAAAAUGGUCCUGGAAGAACUGAGCAGGGUUGGCUCCAAAACUGGGGUGGGGGCAGUGGACAAGCCCUCUUCUUACUCUAUGCCAAAACCAUUUCCGUUAUCCUGAGAUGGGGGUGAGUGGAUGCUGGGUGCACGGGCUCUGAGGGGCCUCCGCCUGCCCAGGCCUCAUCUUGGGGAACCGAGCCCUCACUGGCAUCUGGACCUGGGCCCGGCCCUGGGUGAGGGGAGAAGUGGGCAGCCCUACACCAAGGCCCCUCACGCUUACUUUGUUGAAGAAAAAAGAACCCUCGAGAUUCAUGUACUGUAUGACGGAGAGAAAAACAUACCUAUGUUCCCCAAAAAAGACAGUAUAUUUUGUACUUUGUAAAGUGUUAAUUAAAAUGGAGAAAACAGUGA